AUGCCGGUAAGUGUUAAUUUUGCAAGCUUUAAUUUUUUUAUUUUGAAGAACGAUGCAGCCGCGCUUCUGAAGAGAUAUAACAAGACCGCAAAGGUGAUCGACGAUUCCGACAGCGAUGAUCAAGUGGUUACAAUCAAGAAGAGUAAAUCGGUGUCAAAGAAGCAUAUGAGAAAGAGGAAACACAGUGAGAGUGAUGAUGACCAAGACGUAGGUGUUACAGCUUUCUUUGAAAUCACAUUUUAGCUACCACAAGCAUCUUCGGUGAAAGAAACAACUGGAUAUGAAGAGCUUGAUAUUAUUGAGAAGGAAGAAGAAGAUGAUAUUAGAGAAAGAGACGCUCUAGAUCAGCGAAUCCGGCUUCGAAAUAAUCUCAGUCAGAAGAAGGUAAUGUCCUUCAGAGAUGCCAAGGAGCGCGAAGAAGCUCAGAAGAGAUUGAAUGUUUUGUCUGGAACAGCUAAGGAUCAGAGAGAGAUUGUUAAGAAGAUGAGAGAGGAGAGUAGGAAGAAGUAUCUGCCCAAAAGAAAGGAAGAUAAAUUAUAUGAGACCAGAAGAUACAUUGAGGAGACCGAGAAAUACUUUAACGAGGAAGAGUUAACGGAAAGAGAACGGAAUGAACUCGAGUACAAGAAGACUGUUCUUAAAUUUGCUGAUCAAUUUGAAGAUGCUGGGAAGAUUGUCAAGCAGAAAAGAUAUCACCUUCCAGAUGCCUCAAAAAAGAUUAUUGAUGAACCUGAAGAAGAGGAGAGAAGAAUGGGAGAUGCUCGUCGAUGGGAAGAAGAACAGCUACACUCUGCGAUGUUUAAACUUGGGGCUAAAGAUAGGGUAAGUUAAGAAGCUUUUUUUAGUAUACCUUGUUUUUAGAAAGCGGAUGAAUUGGAUAUUCUGCUGGAAGAUCUUAAGGUGGACUUCACAGAAGCCGUUACAAUGAGUGGCGAAAAUGAGGAGAAGAAGCCGGUGCUUUCGGCGUUAGAGAAAAAGAAAUUGUCGUUGGCAGAGACUCGGAAAACAUUGCCAGUCUACUCAUUCAGGGAUGAAUUCCUCGAAGCAGUUGCUGAUAACCAAGUUCUGAUUGUGGUUGCUGAGACUGGGUCUGGUAAAACCACGCAACUUCCACAAUAUUUAUAUGAAGCGGUAGGUAUUCGAUGCGAUUUCCCAACUUAAUGAUUAUGUUUCAGGGUUACUGUAAGGAUGGGAAACGAAUUGGAUGCACACAACCGAGAAGGGUUGCCGCUAUGAGUGUUGCAACACGUGUGGCUGAAGAAGUGGGCACAAAGUUGGGACAUGAAGUUGGAUACACUAUCCGUUUCGAAGACUGCACGUCCGAGAAGACCAGAAUCAAGUACAUGACAGAUGGAAUGCUCCUCCGAGAACUUCUCAACGAGCCAGACUUGGGGACUUACAGUGUGAUGAUGAUUGACGAAGCUCAUGAAAGAACAUUGCACACCGAUAUUCUCUUUGGAUUGGUCAAGGAUAUUGCGAAAUUCCGUCCCGACCUCAAACUUCUGAUUUCCUCGGCCACUCUGGAUGCCGACAAAUUCUCUCAGUUCUUCGAUGAUGCCAAUAUUUUCAAAAUUCCUGGCAGAAGAUUCCCUGUGGACAUUUUCUACACCAAAGCACCAGAGGCUGAUCCAUUGAAAGCGGCCGAAACCACGGUUCUUCAAAUUCACUUAACUCAAGGUCUUCCUGGAGAUAUUUUGGUGUUCUUAACGGGUCAAGAAGAAAUCGAAUCAAUGGAAGAGGCCUUGAAUGAAAGGAUAAAGCAUCUUGGAAAGAGGAUAAAACAAUUAAUUGUGGUACCAGUCUAUGCGAAUCUCCCAUCAGAACUUCAGCAGAAAAUAUUUGAACCUACUCCAUCAGAUGCCCGAAAGGUGGUGUUGGCUACAAACAUCGCUGAAACGUCUGUUACAAUCGACGGAAUCUCUUAUGUCAUUGACCCUGGGUUUGUCAAACAGAAUUCGUAUGACUCUCGAAGUGGAGUCGAGCAUCUUCAGAUCGUUACAGUAUCCAAAGCGGCUGCCAAUCAAAGAGCAGGCCGAGCUGGAAGAACGGGCCCUGGAAAGUGCUUCCGACUGUACACACCGCAUGCCUACAAGAAUGAAUUGGAUGAUCAACCAAUACCCGAGAUCCAACGAACAAAUCUAGCAAAUGUAAUUUUAAUGUUAUUAACCUUGGGUAUUGAUGAUGUUGUCCACUUUGACUAUCUGGAUCCACCUCCUAAUGAGACAGUAGCCGCCGCACUGGAACAUCUGUUUGCCCUUGGCGCUUUGAAUCACAAAGGAAUUUUGACUAAAUUGGGACGACGAAUGGCCGAGUUUCCAUGUGAUCCAGCCAUGUCUAAGAUGAUUGUAAUGGCCGAGAAAUACGGAUGCACUUCGGAGAUCAUCAGUAUUGCGUCAAUGUUAUCAGUGAAUGCGGCCAUCUUCUAUCGACCAAAGAACCAGAUUAUUCAUGCAGAUACAGCAAGAAAGGGAUUCUGGUCACCGGCUGGGGACCAUAUUACUCUUCUCCAUGUAUACGAGAGAUGGAAGGAGGCCAAUUACUCUGUGCAAUGGUGUGUCGACAAUUUUGUUCAGUACAGGACGCUGAAAAGAGCGAGGGAUAUCAGAGAUCAGCUGGAGGCCUUGUUGGAAAAGGUUGAAAUAGCUUUGGUAGGAAAAUGUUUUAGGGGAAUAUUGUUAACAUUGGUUCAGUUUAUGGUAUUUCUUUCAGACAUCAAACGAUGACCCAACACCGAUCAGGAAGGCGAUUGCUUCGGGAUUCUUUUACAACAUCGCGGCCUUGGAUAAAACGGGAGCCUACAAAACAGUCCGAAAUAGACAUACAGUACAAAUACAUCCACAUUCAUCACUUUUUGAAGACAGGCCGAGGUGGGUAAUAUAUCAUCAAUUGAUGGCUACAACCAAAGAAUAUAUGCGGGAAGUAAUUGAGGUUGAAUCAUCGUGGAUUAAUGAAGUUGCUCCUCAUUAUUACAAGACUUUCCAUCUGGACGAAAUGGCGAAGAAAAAGAUGCCAAAGUCUAUGGGGAAAUCCAAAAAUGAUCUUGAACGGGAUUGA